CGCUGCGCCGGAUCGGGGCCGCGCCGCCCGGGGAGCCGCUGCGAGCGCCGGUACCGGGCAUGGCCCAGCUGGGAGCCAUUGCGGCGCUUUCCCUCAGCUUCCUGGCCGCUGCCUUCCUCUCCGCCAUCCACAAGAUCGAGGAGGGGCACAUCGGCGUCUAUUACCGCGGCGGAGCGUUGCUGACCUCCACCAGCGGGCCCGGCUUCCACCUCAUGCUGCCCUUCAUCACGUCCUACAAGUCAGUGCAGACCACGCUGCAGACAGACGAGGUGAAGAAUGUCCCUUGCGGUACCAGUGGAGGAGUGAUGAUUUAUUUUGACAGGAUCGAGGUGGUGAAUUUCCUCAUCCAGAGUGCAGUCUAUGACAUAGUCAAGAACUACACAGCUGACUAUGACAAGGCUCUCAUCUUCAACAAGAUCCACCAUGAGCUGAACCAGUUCUGCAGUGUCCACACGCUGCAGGAGGUCUACAUUGAGCUGUUUGAUCAGAUUGAUGAAAACCUUAAACUGGCCUUGCAGCAAGACCUCACCACUAUGGCCCCUGGGUUAAUUAUACAGGCAGUUCGAGUUACAAAGCCAAACAUCCCCGAAACAAUCCGGAGGAAUUAUGAGCUCAUGGAGAGCGAGAAGACGAAGCUGCUGAUCGCAGCACAGAAGCAGAAGGUGGUGGAGAAGGAAGCGGAGACAGAGAGGAAGAAAGCCCUCAUCGAGGCAGAGAAGAUUGCACAAGUUGCUGAGAUAACUUACGGCCAGAAAGUGAUGGAGAAGGAGACAGAGAAGAGAAUCUCAGAGAUCGAAGAUGCUGCUUUUCUGGCAAGAGAGAAGGCCAGAGCUGAUGCUGAGUGCUACACUGCUAUGAAAGUAGCUGAAGCCAACAAGCUGAAGCUAACCCCCGAGUACCUGCAGCUGAUGAAGUACAAAGCUAUCGCAGCGAACAGCAAGAUCUACUUUGGCAAAGACAUCCCCAACAUGUUCAUGGACUAUGCUGGAAGCCAAACCAAGCUUGCAGAGGGACUGGCAGAAGGAAUCCAAGAAGAUGAUGUAGCAGGACCCAGCGAGGACACAAAACUACUUAAUAAUGUCAACUGAGAAGGAGGAUUUGGAGUCGUUUUCUAGCAGAACCAAACAAGAACUGGGAAGUUCCCUUUUGUUUUUCUCCCUUUCCCCUACUGAGAGGUGAAUCAGACUUGAUCCUUUCAGGCUUUUCUAUGAGAGUUAGUCAAAACCACACAAAACCCUUUGGUAUUGAUGGGUUUGCUUGGGGCUUUCUGCUGGUAACUUCUGGGCAGCCAGCUCCAGAUGUGUCCUCUGGGUGCUCCUCUCCCUGCUCUUGGACAUACAGACCAAAGUCUGGAGAGGUUCACCAGACGGCUUGGGUGGGUUCUUAGUGUUGGGUGGAGGUGGUUUGUAGCAGUUGGCAGUGAAAGAAGUGGGGAGGUUUUGGUGGGGAGGGAAUUUGCUGCUACAGCUUGGUUGGGCUUUGGGGUUUGGUUGUUUUUCCCUUGCUGGAAAUGUCAAAUACUUUAUUUUUAACCCCCUUUUUAAGAAAAGGUGCUAGAAUUUUGUACACUACCCCUGCCUGCUUGGAGGUCCAGGCCUUGUCCAGCUGGCAGGGCACUGAGAUGACCUAACAGUAGCAAAUGCACAAGCUCACCUUUUCCUGUGAGCCCCCUCGGUGUGGGGGCAGCUGAGGCCACCUGUGGAGCGAGUUAGAGAAGCUGAGCUGAAAUCCUGUAGCUUCCUGAGUUGCCACGAGGGGGUCAGAGCCUUACAGCUUGCCCCAUGCGAGUCGUGGCCCAAGCUGUUCUUUUUCUCCAUCUGAAGGUUGCUUUGUUUUCCCUUGGUCAUGUCUUUGGAGGUGUUCUCCCCAGCGUGCUGAUGGAGGCAGCCUCCUGGCAGCAGGGCACUGGGCUUGGCUCUCACUGCCUGCCAGUGCUGUCACAGCCAGCAGAGCUGCAGCUAGGGAGAGAAGAGGGGUUUGCCUCAGGGACCCUGCCUUUGCAGGAAGCCUUGCUGGAGAGGUCACUGCUUGAAUGACUCAUCCCAGGGUUGUUGCACUCUGUCCUCUGCCCCUGCAAGAGCAGCUCACUUCAGUGUUUACAGUGUCUGAGUAGAAAAGGGACAUUUAGGUAGCUCCCAACAAAUGGAACCAAGUUAUUGUUAGUUGGGGGUGAAAAAAAACAACACCAAAAACCCCAAACCUCCUUUCUGGACCUCGAUUUAGAUUAGCAAAGGGCACAAAACAUCCCAGGGCAAAGAAAAGAAUCUCUCCUCUCUGUCCAAAGAUCAGUCCUCCUCUUCUGGCUCAGAGCAGUGCUCUGCAGCACACCUUCCUCUUCAGAGAACCAAUUCAGCCUCCCUCCACCAGAUGCACAGAGGGUUUUGUUUUUGCACACAUGCAAAGCAUGAGGGAGUGUUAAAGACAAAAGUUCAGGCCUGGAGAGAACAUGUUGGGGUUUUUUUCUCUCCCUAAUCCAUCUGCCACUUGGCAGGAGAGCCUGGUGAUUAAUUGCUGUUACAAUCUGUGGCCAGCAUACCCCAACAGGAGAUGCUGGGAGGGGAAGUGCUAAGCUGGGUUGUCAGAGCAGCUCUGUCGCGUUUCCAGUCUCCUGCCCCAGUUGCUUGCUGCCUUCUGUACUUGGUUUCCCCUCUCAGUGUUUUCAAUGUGCUGCAGUCCUUUGAAAGUGAUCACACUAAGAGAGAAGUCUGAGGAGUUUCAGCUGCUGGUUCCAGUAUUUAUUGUUGGGGGUUUUUUUACUUCCAUUUUCACUGUUAACUGAGACUUGAGAGUGCAAACUAAAAGCCAAGCACCAGUUUGUAGUGGAGGAGAGUCCUGUCUGCUGUCUGUGGGGAUUUGCUGGGUACCAGGAGCUCAGGGAAGCUCCCACCUCCAGACCUGGAGAAAGUGGCCUCAGGUAGGCAGGGAUUCAUUCUGCUGACUUGUACAAAGAGGGCCCUGCAGGAGGAUUGUUUGCAGGGAACAGCAGAAGCAUGGCAAGGAGGUAAGAGACCUUCAGACCUUUGAGGAUGACCUCGUUUGGGAUCCUUCUGCAUUCUCCAUUAGUAACUAAGACCUGCUUUGGGACACCAGUGGUUUUCACUCAUGAGAAGCCCCAAGUAAGCCAAAAUGGUGUUAGAGAGGUCUGACCUCACAGUAAGACAAUGGCUUGGGAUGAGUAGGUCUCAGUAAUUCAGUUCCUUUUAACUCAAGACUUUAGCUGCUGAAGUGUUCCUGUAGCUGUUGCAUCGUACUGAGAGGGAAAGAAAACAAAAGGCAAAAUAACAAAGCUGAACUCAGAAGUCUUCACAGGCCCAAAUCCACUGCUGUGUUUUCAUUCAGCUUUCUUCACCCUCUGGUGUCAUUUCCUUACCUUUCCAGAGCAGGUCUGCCACUCCCUGUCAGUCUUUAUUCCAUGGAUCUGGCAUUUUGUCCUGGUAUCUUGGGAGAUCUGAAAUUGUGAAGCAGCUCUUGUCUGACAUAGGAGAUGCACUGCUGAGAGCUGAGAAGCUGCUGGUGGGAGCAGGGCAGUGCUUUAUCAGCUCUUCUUUGUGUGUUUGAAUUCGAAGCCUUUUUAUUUUGGUAUUUGCUAUGACAAUAAAAUGGCCUUGAGUUUUA